UCGAGCUCGCUACUUCCUGAAAGACGCUCUUACGACGCCGAGCGUCGCGACGUAUUUAAAAUAUUUACGCGCGAAAAAAACUAUAUAUAAAAAUAAACUCAUUUUAGUUUUUUUUUUCGGUUGGUUUUAAUGUUUUAUGUACUUUUUCGACUGUCAAGCGAUUUUUUCGAAGAACGUGUGAUUGCUCAAAAAUAUGGAAUUUGAUAAUGUUUUUUUGAUAUUUUUUACCAAGAAUCUCUGCCUUCCGUAAAACAGACUGCGCAAGCCCCAUAACGAUGACAUGAUUGCGCACGUCCAGGCGCUGACCACGUCCUUGACCUUGAACGUCAGCGCCAUCGUAACGGAUGUAAACGCAACUACGACGACUAAUUACAACUCGUAUACGAGCGUCACACCGGAUAUUCUCAGCAAUCUCAGCGCGGGCAGCUACAAUAAUACCAACGGCAGCUACAAUGGAAGCGCCGAUUUUAAUCUGGUUUUUCCUGGAUAUAUUAGGACAACUUCUAUGGUGUUUUGCAUAUUGAUAAUGUGUCUGGGAGUAAUCGGGAACGUGAUGGUGCCAAUAGUGAUAUUUAAAACGAAAGACAUGCGUAACAGCACGAAUAUUUUUCUGGUGAAUUUGAGCGUUGCUGAUUUGAUGGUGUUGCUGGUAUGUACGCCGACGGUUUUGGUUGAGGUCAACACUAGACCUGAGACGUGGGUGCUUGGAAGGGAAAUGUGUAAAGCAGUUCCCUUCGUAGAACUGACUGUAGCUCACGCCUCGGUACUGACCAUCUUAGCCAUAAGCUUCGAAAGGUACUACGCCAUAUGUAAGCCAUUAAAAGCGGGCUAUAUAUGUACAAAAACUAGGGCUUCUCUAAUUUGCCUUUUGGCAUGGUUUAUUGCUGCGGUGUUUACCAGCCCGAUAUUAAGCAUAGCCGAAUACAAGCUACUAGACGACGACGGAACGCUAGUACCAGCCUGUCAUACCUCGGCCAACACUAUCUGGUCCGCCCUGUAUUUUUUGGGCAGCAUUUUCCUAUUUUUCAUAGUUCCUCUUGUAGUGCUUAUCGUACUUUAUUGCAUUAUUGCUAAAAAUUUAAUAUUUAACGGGACUAGUUUCCUAGUAAAUAAACAUAUUGAUAGUUAUUCGAUGCGUGCUAGAAAACAGGUUAUGUUAAUGCUUGGUACUGUUGUACUAAGCUUUUUCCUAUGCCUGAUACCUUUUAGAAUCUUUAUCAUAUAUAUUAUAGUGGUACCAGCAGAAAGCCUGGUGAAUUUAAGUGAUUUCAGCUACUAUAACAUACUGUUCUUCUGUAGAAUUAUGGUAUACUUAAACUCAGCAAUCAACCCUAUUUUAUAUAACUUGAUGAGCUCGAAAUUUCGUACUGGAUUCAUUAUAUGCUCAGCUACAGGUAGAAGAUCUUUAUGGCACAAAAGUAGUCCAAAUAACCAUUCUAGCUCUAGAAGUAGCACUUUUCGGACCAGUCACGAGGGCUACAGAGUGUGCUAUAAACCAAAAAACUGCUCAGUCCUUAUUAAGGCUUCUACAGAUUCCUCAGAUACAAGAAGUAUUGACUCUGAAAAGGACAAAGAGCAGAUUUGUAAAAGUAGAGGGGACGUGAAUAUAUUUACUGAAAAGGUGGUAAUUUGCCAUUCAAACGGAAAUGGUCGUGAUGGUGAUGAUAUUGGUGAGGAGUUCCUGACGAAAACAAAUAGGCAGCUUGAAGAAGAAACCUUCGUUUAGAUUUUUAGAAUUGGGUUUGGGAUUAUAUAAGUAAAUUAUAAAUUAUGGAAAUUUUAUUUCGGGGAGUUUUUUGUAUCUACCUCAUUGCGUCAAUGAAGAUUUUUUUUUAAUAUUUUCUCUUUGUCUGGUGCUUUAGAAUAGACUAAUCUAAUUAAAACUCUCUAAGUUAUAUUUAAAAAAAUGGAAUUUUGAAGAAAAAGGGCAGUAAAAGAGAACUUUAUCAAGAGUAAAAAAUAAUUUUAAACGAAAUUAUGAAAAGUUCAUCAAAGUUAGUGGUCAAUAAAUCAUGCCUUUUAAAGGUAAAAGAAUUAGGAGUAGCUUAUUGCACUAGGUCAACUAUAAGAAGGGGUAAAAAUGUCCAUGCUCGCUAGUGAUAUAAAAUUACCGGUAAUUUAACACUCGGUAAUAUUACCGUAAAAUUGAAAAUCCAUAAAACAGCUUUUUAAUUUUUUUUUAUUUUAAAACUGUAAAACCAUUAUGAAACACGACAGGAACGUUUUUUUUUAACUAAAAAAAAAGAAUCAGAAUAGACUACGUAAUAGAGUAGAUAAUGGUAAAUAAUCAUCAUCAUCAUCAUCCUCAACUUCGUCAUCUGAUUGAUUCUUCUUUCUCUUUCCUUAAUUCAGUCAAGUCCAAAACCGAUUUCUUCUUUUUCUAUUUCUUGCUCGUCAGCUUCUAUUAUUCUUAAAUGAUCUUUUUUAUUUAGUUAAUUAUAAUUAUAGGCAAUAUAAGUUAGUGUUCUGGACCUUUCUACGGUAAGUCUGUUUCUUCAUUGCCGAUGAAUUAAUCCAUGAGUACUAAAGCUUCUUGCUGAUGUGGGUGUUGACGAUGGUAAAUUUAAAAUGUCUACUUAGUUUUGAACUGGAGCAAAUUUCUGAGCACUAGGCCCGGACAUAUUUCGCUGGAAAUGUUUUUGAUAAGAAUUUCUCAUCAAUAAUAUUAUCAUCUCUAAUUUUGUGCUGUGCGAGUAAUAAGAUCUACUUGUGAAGAACACUUCGGAUAACGCCUUGCAGUUUCAUAGAUGAACUCCAUUGCAGUUAAAUUUUUAAUUUCAGGUAAAUUCUCGCCGUUAGUUUAGUUCUAAUAAAUAAGAAACAUUUGUUCUCUCAUUUUUCAAAAAUUAAACACCUGGUUUUUCUGGUUAUCAACCAUAAUAGCAGAUAAAUUUAAUACUUGUCACGUAAAAUUUAUAUAUUUAUAAAGUUUACGGGUAACCCCAUUUUUACAAAGUAUAAAUUCAUUAAAUACUAUAAAAAACAUUUUACAAGUUGGUAUCGAUAGCAUACCCAUUACCCAUACCUAAAUGGUAAAAUAAUAACAUGUCCUAAUCCUAAAACUUUAAUAUAAUUACAAGAAAAAUAUUAAUAAAUUACCUAAAUCUAACCCGUUUAUUGGAUUUUUAAAACCACACAAAAUGCAUCUGAAAAUAUCUAUAUUAAUAUUAUUUAGAACGCGCAGUAAUCUAUCAAUAGGGAAAUGCUGUCCAUAGUUAGCUGAGUGAAUUAGAAUGUGAAAAAGAAAGUGAUGGCAAAGAUUACGGCGGGGUACAUUAAAAUAAACCUUGGAUAAGAGUCUAGGAUAAUACAUCAAACCAUUGAGCAAUUUAAAAACAAAACAUAAAUCAAAUCGCAUACGUCGUGUCUCUAGUCAAUUCAGUUUCAAUGUAUCAAGCAUAUUAGAUCUAUGGUAGUUUUCUACCAUACAAAGAAAUUUAUUUUGAAUACAUUCCAGACAAAUAGUGUGAAUCCGAUAAUGUAGUGACCAAAUGAUAGUCUAAUAUUCCAGAUAGCUUCUUACUAGUAAAGUGUACAGUAACUUAAUAGCCUCCCAAGAUAGUCUCUAGGAAUUACGAAUAACAAAUCCCAUAACUUUUGUACUCUUUAUGCUAAUCUUUGAGAUAUACACAGAAAAUGACAAUUUCUUAUCAAACCAGACUCCAAGAUCUUUGAUUAAUGGACAGACUGUAAAGUAUCAUUAUUCAUUUUAUAUCCAGUAUUAUAUUUCUUUGACGUCUUGAAGAAAUACAAAAAAAAAAAGUUAUACAAAAACAUUUUUACCACAUUUAGCGAAAGAUUAUUAGAUACUGACCACUUCCAUAUAGCAUCGAAAUCACUGAAGCUUCAAUGAGUCCAUUCCAUUGCUCAAUAUUCCUGUCAAAAUUUAAAUCAUCUGCAAACAUACUGCAAGUAGAACAUUUUAUAAAACUCAUCAAAUCAUUGACAAAUAAAUUAAACAGAAGGGCUGCAUAAUGUGAUUCGUGCGGAACCCCUAAAGGAACCUCAAACUGAAAUGAAAUAAAAUUAUUAAUUUUAACUCUCUGUAUUCUUUCUGUAAGAAAACUCUCAAGCCAAGCAAGAAGUGAGUGGUGAAAUCCCAUGGGCUCCAAUUUUUGAAGUAGUAAUUUGUUAUUUACUUCAUCAAAGUCCUUCGAGAAAUUGACUAUUAUUUUCGAAAGCCUCCAAUAAAUCGAUCUUAUAUAACACAAGAUUAUGCGAGGUUCACCUUACCUUACAAAAGCCAAACUUGUCUUUACUAAUCAUUUCACUUUCAUGCUAACUGAUCAUAAAUGAUGCUGUCAAAUAACUUAGCAAUAGCACAUUGAUUACAGACAUUUACAGUCAUUAUGGCUUCCAGGCUUAAAAAUUAAGGCAAUGAAACUGCAAAUUUAGGAAAUGUGGAAAGUUGACAAUGACAAGAUAACAGCACAUGGAGAGGUUUAGUCAAGGUAAAUAUCCAGUUUUUUAAAAAGAUGGAAUAUAAUCAGGAACUUUAUUUAUUUUGGUAAAUAUUUCCGAAAUAGAAAUUUCUUGAAGUAAUAUAGAGUCUGAGAUCUGAAUAUUAAAAUCAGAGCACGAAGAAGUAGAUUUUUAAGAAAAUACCCAUAUCGCUCAUUAGGAAUAUCAUUUACUUGUACCAUAUUGAGAUAUGAGUAUGGCUCUGCCAGGGAGCAUACAGGACACACUUCAGGACAGUCGACAUUUAUUCCAUUAUCCUCAAUAAACUAUCUGGCCUCAGGAGGGUUAAAAUCUUCAGAAACCAUGAAAUAGAGUCGUGGUGCCGCUCAGCAGCAUCCAGACAAUGUUGCUCAUGUUUGCUGGCAACAGAGGAAUGUAUACACCACCAGUAAUAAUAGAUUCAUUAUUGACCUUAUUUCAAAAAAGGUAAACACUUUUGACAUUAUUGUCCCGAUAGCUUCAAAAAACGUUAUUCACUUAGAGAUUGCCUGAAACGAGUCCUACGUUCUAUUUGUAACCAAAAUUCGUUUUAAAAAAGAAGUUUUGCUGUAUUUAUUGAAAGAACAUCAGAAAUAUCUGGGCUAUCAUUAACUGCUCAAAUUUUCAUUGAAGAAGUUUUGCUGUAUUUAAUGAAAAAACAUCAGAAAUAACUGGGUUAUCAUCAACUGCUCAAAUUUUUAAUGAAUGCUUAGUAUCCAAAAAGCUUUUAAGAUAAGAAAUAAAGGAACCUAAUCAUCUUUUCACUGGCAAUAGCUAGAAAAUGUGAAGCUCCGAAUUCGUCCAACAGUUUUUCAGUUUCUAAGGUCACAAAAGUUGCUAUAUGUGCAUUAUAUUCGGUAUGUAUUGAUUGAUAAAAUAACAGAAGAGGUUUAUUUAUAACACAAUUGAUACAGAAUCAUUUGGGCAAUUUGACCAUCUAUCCAUUUGUAAGUUUAAGGUUGGUGCUUCUUGACGAAACAGUAGUUUUUACUAUAGUGUCCUCGAAUUCGAGGAGUGGAUUUGCCUGGUACUCUUGAUAAAUGAAAGUGCAUUUUCACAGUUCAUCUACAAUCAUAAAAGAAUCUAAAACACAGUGCUUAUUGUUGCAUUUGUCUCCUUCCUAAAAUAUAAUGAAAUUGAAAAAAAACAACAAGUAAAAUACAAAUGAGAUGUGAUGUAUUUCGAUGACUUAUUACUCAAUUAUAAAGAGCUUUGGUCUUCUUUGUUAAAAAAUUAAAAAAAAAAACCAACAUAAUUAAUUCACCAUUUCGUUUCACAUUUUAUGCAAGGAAUAUGUUUUUACUCAAUAAUAAUAAUUUCACAAUUUUGCUCACUUAUUUUUGUACUUAUAAUUACUGAAUUCAACAUUAUUUUAAUCAUAAAAAGACUAAGACAUCCUCAAAACAUUCAAAAGCCGUAUGUGUAAUAAUACCUAAAUCUGUAUUUUGUUUUAAUACUUAAAAACACACUAAUCUUGUACUGACUUGGCGUUAGCUGGUAACGAGAGGAUGGUUUGUAUGCGCACCUCAUUGUUUUGAGUACUCUAUCCAUACUUUUUUCGUUGUCAUAUGUAAGGAAGCUCCUAAGACAUAACUAUGACCCUCACGAGUAUUUCAAUACUUACGAGUAUAUCAAUCUUGUUGUUUUCCUGAGAGGACAUGUUAUCAAAAUACAAACAAAUUGUACCCUGUUAUCCUUUAAAAGUAUUUUAAAAUUAUCCUUGACUAAUAAAGCAAUUUCUGAGUCGAUAAAUUCUCCCUGCUGAGAGGUUCUAUAUCACUAGUAUCACUAUCUUCUAAUAUUUCGGUUGGCGUGGUGUUAUGGUUACUACUGGAAACAUUUAUUACAGGCAAUUUCCCUAUUUUGCAACAUUUUAGCAAAAGUUUAAAAUUUUUGAUAGAAUUUCUUUUAAAUGAGGUUUAACAAUAUUGAUAGGGACAGUUAUUUUUAGGAAUAGUCUCUAACAUCACUCUUCGGCGUAACGAUAUUAUCCCAAGUACAAAAUAAACAUCAUGCAUUGACAUCAUAACAUAGUAACAUCAUAAACAUCAUUUAUUCAAAAUAUUAAUACUUACCUGUUUAAAUACCACGUAGCAAGGCAAAACAAUUAUAGUUAUUUAAUAAAAAUCGCACUAAGACAGAAUAGAGAUAACAAAUAUAUAAGAAACUAUAGAGAGGAACAAAAAACAAUAUUUCCAAUGCUACCUAUCUUGCGGUACUAUUACCAAAAUUAGCGGUAAAAAACCUAAGUAAUAUUACCCUUUACAUCACUAACCUUGGCUCUAUAAACCGCUCCCAAUAAGAAAAAUGAACUUUUUUGGCAUUAUUGGACCUUUUUCAUAAAGUGAGUUAAGAGCUUAACUCACAGAUUUACACGAACUAAUGACUAAAGAUAAAGGACGGACUGCUUUUACACUUUUUUUCGAAAAAUUAAAAAUAAUUUCUCAAGACGACUCGUCAAAAAGUAUUUUAAAUAAUUUGUUUUCUAUGAGUUAAAAGCUUUAGUAUUUUAAUUUUCAAAUUUGAAAAAGAAUUUAGGUUACACUGUUUCGAAACGUUUUUUCAGAAAAUUUAAAUAAUGAGUCCCUGGUCAAAAAAUCUUUUGUCCAUGUUCUCUUUUUUUUUGCAAAAUCUAAAGCAGUUUUUAAAACAUCAGUGAAUUAAUAUUAAUUAAUUUUUUUAAAUUUAAUAUUUUAAAGAGGGAACUUUUUACUUUUUUUAAAUUACUUUUUAAAAAAAUCAAAAAUUUGGUGAAAACAAUUAAAAGAGAAGGAAACAUAUGUUGCCGUUUUUGCAGGAAAGACUUGAAUCUUUUGAUGAAUUUUGGAUUUUUUUCAAAUCAAAAUUUAGCAUAUUUUAAAAUUAUUAUAAAAACGUAUACGUAUUUAAUCCGUCUUUAAUACAGGGUGGACCACUUAUAUGGCAAUUACACGUAUUUGGGAAACUAUAAAAUAUUGAAAAGUGGAUAUAGUUUGAAAGCGUCCUUUAAAAACUUUUAAUUUCUCUCUUUUUUUUUAUUUUUCUCUACUUUCUCCACUUUCGCUGGACUGAAAAGUGUCAUUUUCAGUCCAGCAUUUUGGUAAUCCCAAUAAAGAGCACGCAUAUAGAAGCCAUCCUAUAUAUGAAAUAUUAAACUUAUUAGAUAAGACAUACACGACAUUGUUUUUUAUAUUUAAAUUUUAAGCUGAGUGAUUUUAGUUUAUAUAAUUAAAAUUUCUAUAUUACAAAUUAAAUAACUUAUAACCAUUUAUUAUUAUAUACAUAAGUGACUAUAUCCGUAUGUUGUUGCAUUUACCUAAAUUUUAUGGUGCUUUUUGCGAAUUUUGUAUGGUGUAUCGUCCCGUAUGUGUUUUCAAAUUUUGUAAAAUUUUUGACCAAAGAAUAUAAAUGCUUUAUUUUUAGACACUUAAUAAAAUAAUUAUAACUA